AUGCCCGCAUUGAACUUUUCGGAAGUCGUCGGCUCCGCGACUAGCCAGAAGAAGCUCAUCAAUCUAUUGAGAGGGCACGGGUCGCAGCAUGUCCUCAGGCACCCUUCGAUCUCACAGCCUGCGAUGCUGUACGGCCCAGACAAUGGAGGAAUGAUUGCUCUCGAGCAUCUGAAAUUACGCUCGAAUAUGGCAUCUUGGCUAAACAAGUUCUAUCAUCCUCCGAAUCCAAUAACAGAGGAUAGAAUCAGUAUUACUGGAGGGGCAUCGCAGAACUUAGCGUGCCUUUUGCAGGUUUUCACCGACCCCGUUUACACGCGUAAUGUGUGGAUAGUAUCGCCUGCGUAUAUGCUAGCCUUCCGAAUUUUCGAGGAUAGUGCACUAAAGCUCCGCUCCGUGCCCGAAGAUGAGGAGGGUAUUGAUGUUGACUUCUUAAGGAGGGAAAUAAGGAAGAGCGAGGAGAAAGCGAGGGCUCAAGGGAACAACGAACCGCACAUCAAACCACCGCGGCCUUGGUCAAAAAUUUACCGCCAUAUCAUCUAUGCAGUGCCGACGUUUUCCAACCCGUCCUUCAAGACGAUGACACUGAGGAGAAGAGAAGAGCUGGUCAGAGUUGCCAGAGAAUAUGACGCCUUGGUGAUUACGGAUGAUGUCUAUGAUUUCCUGCAGUGGCCAUCCAGUCUCACAGCCCAGACACUGUCAGUCGAAAAGGCGAUCCUACCUCGGAUCGUGGACAUCGAUGGGUAUCUCGACGGCGGCGCCGAAAGGGAAGGCGCUGAUGGCUUCGGUAAUGCGGCCUCAAACGGAAGCUUCUCAAAAAUCUGCGGACCGGGCAUGAGAACUGGAUGGUGUGAAGGGACCCCGAAGUUAGCCUAUGGUGUAUCUCAAACAGGCUCAAGCCGCUCUGGUGGCGCCCCUUCUCAAUUGGCAGCCACAUUUUUGGCGGAGACGUUGGAAUCGGAAGAUCUCCAGCAUUACGUCUAUAACACUCUGCAGCCAGCUUACGGGAAGCGCUAUCAACGAAUGGUCAAGGCUAUCAACCAGGAGCUGAUUCCGCUGGGUGUCCGCCUUCCUCAAACGGAUCGAAAUGUCGUGGGAGGAUAUUUCAUCUGGCUAACGUUGCCGCAUCCACUCAAAGGCGCUGUUGUCGCACAACGCGCUAAAGACGAGGAAAACGUCGUCGUGGCACAGGGCGAGAUCUUCCAAGUCCCCGGAGAUACCGAGAAUGAGGGUACGCACUUCGAGCAUGAUAUCAGGGUCUGCUUUGCCUGGGAAGAGGAAGAUAUGCUGGCAGAAGGGAUCGAAAGACUUGCGCGGGUGAUCCGCGACGUUCAGGAUGAGCAUGCCGGAUGCAGCCAGUCGAUGCAAGCUGCCACGGCUGCCACGGAAGGCAGCGCAAAGGAUUUCUGGUGA